UUGUACAGGGUCAGUCUGGCGGAAACAGGACGCAAGUUUCGUCAACCGGUUACUUUCUGGGUGAAUCAUCAGCUGACGUCUAAUGUACCACGUGGUCUGUUGUAAAUUGGAAAGAAAAAUUGGAACCAAGUCCACAGCUCGCCCUAGACCAUGGCCAACGUCAGCGAGGUAUUCCGGGAUUACGCCGAGUCCAUCGAGGCCGAGCACGAAGUCCGGGAGAAAGUGCGAGACAAACUCCGCGUGAUCGAAACCCUGGCCCGAGAAUCAUCGGCCAUGCUUCAGCACGUCCACCAACCCUCCGGAUUUGCCAAAAUCGCCGAUAUCACGGCUCAAGCUGAGCGACAUCUGGUGGACCAGAUCCGUCCUGCCCUGGCCGAAUUAUCGUCCUCCGUGCCCGCUAGCCAAUUCUACCGCUAUUACGCGAUGUUUAAUUACACUUUGAUGCGGUUGUGCCACUUGUGUUCGUUGAUCCACUUCUUGAAAGAGGGCCAAUUGUUGACCCGUGCGGCUACGGCUCAAGAUUGGCUUCAGAUCGGUCAAAGCCGGGCCGACGGCUUCUAUUUGGAAGUGGAUGAUUAUUUGGGUGGGCUCAUCCAAACCAGCAACGAGUUGGCCCGUUUUGCCGUGAAUUGCGUCACCAAUCAGGAUUUUGAGCGUCCGGUGCAAAUUUGCGAGUUUCUAAGCACUCUUCUGGCCGGAUUCCGCCUGUUGAAUCUGAAAAAUGACAAUCUGAGGAAGAAGUUCGAUUCUCUCAAAUACGACAUGAAAAAGGUGGAGGAGGUGGUGUAUGACUUGUCCAUUCGAGGCCUAACCAAAUCCCCGCCCACUGGAGCAUUGGAAGACAAGGGUACGAGCCCCAAUCCAUCUCAAGGCACGCCAAACGCCGAGGGAGAUGAUGGCCCGGUUAAGCCUCAGGAUGGCUAGAUGAUAUAGCUUGGCUUUCAUUUCGUCCCUGACGAAACACCCGCCAUGUUUGUUGUCUGUGAUAAUUCCCGUUAACUCUAUGAAUGAGCCGAUAUCAUGUGCCGAGCGAGCGUUGGUUGAACCAGAUUCUUUGAGUCCACUUGGAUAUGAAAAAAAAAAGAAAAUAAAUGUGUUGGAAUUCGA